AUGCUUGGUGAUGGAGCAAUGAUCAAAAUGGCACAGUCUAAAGUGUUCCUGAGUGGUCUUGGUGGCCUGGGAGUAGAAAUAGGUAAGUUACAUGUAAAUGCCAAAGCUCAGGCUUGCUACACUGUUGUUACUUAAGGCUUUUUUUGGUUCCUUGGCUAUGACAAGGGUCCUCUGAUACUUUAAAAUGUCUCUCAAAACUAUCUGUGAUGAAUGUUUAUGCACACAGAUGUACUAGUAUAAGUUAUAUUUUUGUCUCCCAAACGUCAUAUGAAAGGGGUGUGGUGGCAAAAAGCCCUUUCUGAAGAACUGGUAGAUUACCUUAUGACCUUGUAUAUUUGCAUGGUUAUGAAAUAAAAUUGACUUCAAAACUCAAGACUUCUAAGGACCUUCAAUGCAUUUCUCCAAUCGUAUUUGUCAAGCUUGUCUUCUUACCAUUUUUGAUACAGGUCUGCUGAAAAUAAUGCUUAUGUAGCAUCAUGAAGGAUUAUAAAUAGAUAAAUAAGAAACUAAAUAAAACUAACAGUGGCCUUGAUCAAUGAUUGGGUACGUACCUGAACACAAUCACUAGCUUCUAGAGAUUUUCAAACUGAACAGUGAAGGAUUGAUUGUUAAUAAUAAUUUUUUCUUUUUGCUUUAGCCAAAAAUGUUGUCCUAGCUGGCGUUAAGGUAAAGUUUUAACCUACUGAAAAACUAAUUUGUUAAUGGUCAGUCACUCAUUUUGCAUCCCAUUUUGCUGACAUGUACAAGGUACAGGGUAGGUGCAUGGAAGCCAUUUCCUGUGAGGAUUUUCUAGUUUUGUUAUGAAGUUUGAGCCAUACCUUCUGAACAUGAGUAUCUGUUCAUUUAUUUGUGACACACAUUUUUAAAAAAUUUCGUGAGCAUUGGAUGCUAUGGUUAAGAGAUAAAUGAUGUUGACAUGAGGUUGUGUCAUUUUAAUAAAAAUCAAAUUUAAUUCCACUUUCUUGUUUAAAAGGAAAACAUACAAAAAGUAGCAAAAUGUUUCAUUACAAUCAAUUUUAGACCUUCAGCAUGUUCUACUUAAGUCUUCUUAGCAGCCAUUUUUGAAGGUCAUUUAACAGAGAAUAAGCAUUUCAUGACAUGCAAAAAAUGAUUCUGAAGGAGACUAGUCCUCCUUAAUUUUCAAGCUAUUUGCAUAGAACUGAAUUUUCCGUGAAAGAAUUUUUAUGAUGUUGUUAUUUUAACAGAUGUCAUCACCAGCAGUAUCAUAUCUCAGAAUACCCAUCAGUCUCUAGAGUUCAAGGCACACAAGCUGGGCUUUUUAUUAAACAUUGAAUUUUGAAAAAAAUCUGAACAGAGGAAAACUCAAGGGAGGAUCUAUCUGUCCCCUCUCUGCUCAGCCCAUGUUUGGGGUAUUAAUUUUCUUGUUCAUCCAAUGGUUAAUAAUAAUAAUAAUAAUUUACAUUUAUAUAGCGCAAACCUCUAUAUGAAUAUAUUCGGUUGCGCUUUACAAUAUUGUUAUAUUAAAUUUAUGUUAAAGGUGACUAAAGCAUGAGCAACUAUUAAAAACUACAAUAAAAAGUAUUAAAAACUAUAAAUAAAAAUAAAUAAAUAAAAGCCAACAAUUAAAUCUAUUUAAAAGCUAAAUUGAAAAAAUGAGUUUUAACAGCAGUCUUAAAAGUGUCCAAUGUCUUCAUGUUGCGAAUUUCCGAAGGUAAUGCAUUCCAGAGAUAAGGUGCAGCUGACUGGAAUGCACGAUCGCCAAGAGUUGGAUGGGUCUUAAUGCAUGGUAACUCGAGGAAUAUAGACUCAUUUGACCUUAGAGAGUACUUGGAUUGCUUUUUGGUAGUAAUGAAAUCAAUUAGAUAAUUAGGAGCUUGACCAUAUAAGCACUUAAAUGUCAAAAGUAGAAUCUUAAACUUUAUACGGUAACUUAUUGGAAGCCAAUGAAGGUGGAAAAGCAAUGGUGUAACAUGGCAGAAUCUAGGUGUUCCGGUGACCAACCGAGAGUGCUGCAUUCUGUAUCCGUUGGAGUUUCAUGAUAUGUGAAUUCGGGAGGCCAUAUAGUAGACUGUUACAAUAAUCUAUUCUACUGGUGAUAAAAGCAUGAACUAAUGAUUCGGUGACUGAACGACUUAAAUAUUUCCUAAUUCUACGCAUGUUAUAAAGAUAAUUGAAAGCGGAUGAGCAAGUUUUGUUGAUAUGACUUAGCAUACUCAUUUUAGAAUCAAACCAAGCUCCUAGGUUUCGAACUUCAGAAGAUGGAGCAAUUUGGGAGUCCCCAACCGAUAAGGUACUAAUGUUACUGACUUUCUGAAGUUGUUGUCGUGUUCCAAUCAGAAGACAUUCUGUCUUAUCGAAUUCAGUUUUAACUUAUCCGAAUGCAUCCAUCUACUGAUAUCAGCAAUACAUGAUUCCAUGGCAGUUAUAGCAGCGGUCUCCUCCAAAUCAUUUCCUGAUCUAAACGCGAUGUACAGUUGCGUGUCAUCUGCAUAACAAUGGGAAUUAGGAAGAUGUGAUUCGACGAUCUUAAAAAGUUUACUAGCAUAGAGGGAAAACAAUAAUGGCCUGAGACAGCUGCCUUGUGGAACUCCAAAUUUAAGAUUAAAAUUACUCGAUAGAACUCCGUCUAUAUAGAUGCGCUGGGUUCUGUUAGAAAGGUACGAUUCAAUCCAAUUAAGUGCAGAGCCUGAAAUUCCAAAAUCAAGCAAUUACUGAGGUUUUUAAAUAUUAGUUGUGGUAAAAGACAAUAAAGCUGGUUCAGAUGCUCUAGUCUGGGUCACCCCCAUUCCCUGCAAACAGGCCUCUGCUAGCUUACAGCUUUUGUGGAUACUCUGUUUAAGGCUGUGUUCACACUAUGAUAACUUUUGCGCCUGCACGAGAACCAUACCGGAUAGGGAUUCUGUUCAAACAUAAGAAUGGUGAUUUGGGGGCAGUUUCUGUAAGAGAGUAAAGCUGUACACACUCCAGUCUCUAAAGUGAAGAGUCACAUAUCGGAUAGGCAUUCAUACUACAUCAGAUGGCUUUUCGUGUUGGGACGAAACGCUAUCCAGUGUUGGGAACAUAGCAUAAAGUUAAAUGUAAUACUGUUAAACUAAAUUUACCCUUCUAGUCCCAAUAGUGACCAACAUCAAUUUAAUAUUUUCCCUAGCUCCACUGGCUCAUGAUUACUAAGGCUAUGGAAUUGCUUUUUUGUUCAAAGGUUGUAACACAAUCACUGACAGAGGCUUCUGAAUGAAUUGUGGAAAUUUCUAGCCCAUUGAUUUUUAGUUAAGUUAAGAAGUUGAAGAUAAUUGUUCUUAUGCUUAAUAGUCCAUCACUCUACAAGAUACCAAGAUUACCUGCUUUCAAGACCUUGGAAGCCAGUUCUUCUUGAGGGAGGAUGAUAUCAGAAACAACAAAAACAGGUAGGACAUUAGUUUGUGAUAUUUUAAAUUUGUUUUUUUUUUAAUUUGAUUAAGAAAAAUGUAAUUUCAGAAAUUUAUAAUAAAUAAUAAUAAUAAUAAUAAAUUUAUUCGAAAUUUCUAAAAUUACAUUUUCUUAAUGGAUCAACACAAACAAUAAUCUUAUAUAUUAGAGCAUAAUUACUCAAGGCAAAUCAGCCUACAUGUGCUAAACAAGUUUAACUUUGAGAAAAUGACAAUUUGUCUGUUGAGAUGUAUCCAGAGGAAAAAAUAUAAUUCUUCAUACAAAAACAAUUGGAAAAGGUCAUAGAAAACUUCUAAACCCAUCUGGAUUUCUCCUUCAUCAGUGAUCAUCUCAGCUAUUAGCAGCCUCAUUUUGAUGAUGAGGCUGCAAAACUGCUCUCUGGAGAUGGAAUGAGGGGGGGGGACUCCAAUCACCCUGGUGGGGUCAUUUCAGCUGGUUGCUGGUGAAUACUAGUCAUGAUACUAGUGGUCUCAUGGAUCUUAUCUAUCCUGUAUAUAACUUAUUUCUUUUCCUAUCAAGAUAGGCCUCAAAACUGAAGAUAAUACGACCCCUCCUGAGGGAAACAGUGUUAAUUUUGUUUCCUGAGAAUCUCAAUGUUUCUUUCAGCAGACCCUAAUAAUAGAUAAAUAAAUUAAUGUCCAUAAAUCUUUUGGAAAGCAAUUCCUUGUAUACAUACAUUGUUAUAUUUUUGUUUUGUUUUUUUAUUCUUUAGAGCAGAAGCCAGUGCAUCACUACUUGCAGAGCUAAAUCCUUAUGUUACUAUUCAAACUUCAACUGCAUCUAUCAGCAGUGGUAACUUGGAUUUCCUUAAACACUACCAGGUACAGGGGACACUCUACUUCUCAGUACUAUCAUUCCAGGGUAGUAAUCCAGAUAUUGUUAACCUUUUUUUAAUUAAUUUUGUUGAGCUUGAGUUUAUGAAAAGAAAUCAUGGUAAAAACCUGUGACUAAGAACCUGAAUAAUUUUUCUCAAGUUAGCCUUAACAGGUUCUUACAUAAAUGGUAAUUAGCACAAAGUUAAAAAUUGUAACAUGUUCUUGUUUUCUGAAAAAAAAAGAAAAAAAGAAAAAAAAGUAGCUAUGAGUAUUAGUUUUCUUCAGCUUUUUCCUCAUAUAAAAUCUACAUACCAAAUUAGUAUUUAUGUAAUUUUUAAAUGACUAUGAGAAGAAGGACUGUUGCACUGACUACUUGAAUUUUGAAGUCCUUUUGCCCAAGUGUACAGAAUUUCUUUAAUAUAGAUAUUAGAAAAUAAGAACCUGUUUCAAGUUUUAGGCAAAAACAGGUUCACAUAUAGGGCAGUGUUCUCCUUAUCAGGCAGUAACUGGUAAAAUUUACCACCUGAAGCAACACUUCUUACCGUGACUUCUGACCAUCUGAAACAGCUUGAAGGUUUACUGAAAUUAAGAAAAUUUUUUUAGAAAUACGCAAGUUGUGAUCCUAUCAUAUUCUCACAAGGUCAAGGAAAAGAAUGAAUAUAUGGAAAAGUACUAAAGUAUGCACAGCUUUUCUUUUUAUGAGCCACGUAUUUUGAAAAGAGAACAUUGAAGGCACAGUAAAAUUAUUGGAAUUAAACGCUUUAAAUUGUUGUCUAAAGAUAACAACAGCCGAUUUGCGUAAAACAGGUCUUAAAAUGAGGGAAUGACGUUUCAGAGAACUUAGCUCCUAAAUUUCCAUACGAGGGCAGGCCAUGUCCUUCACUCCACUACCCUCCCUCCCUCCCCCCAGGGAAGCGCACCUCUGGCGCAUAUUUUUUGCCUUACUGGCCAUGAAUGGUCCCGUACCUGCUGAGCUAGAAUUUUCGGAAGAACACUGAUUGUGGGAAGGGGGGGGGGGGGCACCUAACUGAACAUUUUUAGCCUAACAGGUUCUUAAAAACCAGGUUCUUACCAAAAUUUAUCUGAUGGACAGAUUACCGAAUUGUCUCCCCUGUUCUUUUUGGGGAUAGAACAGAAAGAAGCCUUCACAUUCACAAUUUGUCAAAUAUCUUUAACUGAUUUGCAGCUUCAAUAAUCUGUGAAAAUUCUGCAGCAUCAAAGUGCACAUUAACUUUAGAUAAAACUACAUGUGUUUUGAAGUAGUUUUUCUCACUUUGUCCCUGUGGAUUCUCUUUUUGUUAGUGCGUGAUUCUCACAGAGGCCCCACUUAGUUUACAGCUUGAAGUAGACUCAUUCUGCAGGUCACAGAAGCCACCUAUUAAGGCAAGUGCAUAGAACAUAUUGAUUGAUCUUUCACCUUUUCAUAAGAUCCAGUACAAUUUACUUGCCUGUGCAAGUGUUCCUAGUGCAAAAUAUUGUGCAAAAAAAAACAACUACUGAAAGGUAGCCUGACAAAUUCACCAGUAAUGACUGGACUUAUCUUGAGGUAGCCAUUUUUUUAUGUUAUAGUGUGACCAGGCAAUUGAAAACCCCUGCAGGCAGUGAUUUUGCUAAGUUUGGCAUAUUGCUUUUUUCAGUGUUAAAAAGAUGGAAAAAGGGGAUUUUGACUUGAAUAAAGUUUUGUGUUUUUUAGACAGUUUAAAGGAAUUUUUGGAAGGGUUUAUCUCUGUCAAAAGCUCUGUUAUUGUUUGGGUUAUGCUUGACACAGGGGUGUUACGAAAACUAAGACCCUCGAAAACUAAGACCUAAGACCUAAGACCCGUCUUAGUUUUCGAGAUUACGAAAACUAAGACCCCCUAAAAUGGAAUCCGUUGAAAAAUAAAGUCAAAUUGUAACCGAAAUAGGUCUGAUCUGUCAAAUUAUAUCAUGUUCGAUCCUUUCCACCGAGUUUUAGGUCAAAUUUAACGGUAAAUUUAGGGGUCUUAGUUUUCGUAAUUUCGAAAACAAAGACCCCUCUUAGUUUUCGCAAUUACGAAAACUAAGACCCCCACCAAAACAAUCUCUAAAAUUUCUACAAAGUCGAAUUACCCCGAAUUACGACCGUUUGAAGACAAUAAUCCGUAAGACAAACAAAAACUACUAUCAUAAGCGUGCUGAUCUACGAUCCGCUAACAAAUUGAAGACUCGCUUUAAAAAGAGGACCAAAACCAUAGACUUCCUUCGUAUCUAUUGUACACUGAAAUAUGCCUUACCCCUAUUGGUCUUUAAUUUUGUUGUUUAUCCUUUAAAUCAUGAAAUUGGCUUUCCACUGCAGAUGGAUGUUUUUCCGGGAAUCCUGACCUCUGGCAAGCUACUGUCACACAAUCUUCACUUUGUAUUGAUUGUUUGUUUAUUUUAUUGUUCUGAAAUUAGAACUCCAAUUCUCGAGAAGAUGCUUUGCUAGUACAGGAAAUUCAUUCACUCAUUCCUUUUUUAAUUAUUAUUUCAUGGGUGAUUUUAGCGAUUAUCCCUCACAGACUAUUUCUCCUUGCCCCCCACCCCUACCCCUCAACUACCUUUGCAUUGUAACCCAGUGAUCUCCGGGGUGGCAACAAUAAAAACAAACGCUAGAAAAACGCAAUGUAGCAUAUUCUCCUUUUUUCGCCUUUUUUAUAAAAACACUUUUCUAUCUAUGACCUGGCCAGAAAAGGAAAAAAAUCCGCAUUUUUGUGUGAUGUUUAACCGAUAAUAACGCCUUUGACCACUUAGCGAUCAGGCAUUUAGGUCGCAGCGACAUGUCAGCCCGCAACGAAGACAAAAAUCCAUCUCCAGUGGAAAACCAAUUUUAUGACUUUAAGGAUAAACAACCAAAAUUAUAGGGGUAAGGCAUAUUUUCAGUGUGCAAUUAUACGUAGGUACUCUGUAGCUUUCAUCCUCUUCUUAAAGCCGCAAUAUUGAUAAUGUAUGUCUGCAAAUUGUUAGAAGAUGCGGUCUAGCACGCGGAUGAUAGUAGUUGUUUGUCUUACGGAUUAUAGUCUUCAAACGGUCGUAAUUCGACUUUGUAGAAACUUUAGAGAUUGUUUUGGUGGGGGUCUUAGUUUUCGUAAUUACGAAAACUAAGAGGGGUCUUAGUUUUCGAAAUUACGAAAACUAAGACCCCUAAAUUUACCGUUAAAUUUGACCUAAAACUCGGUGGAAAGGAUCGAACAUGAUAUAAUUUGACAGAUCAGACCUAUUUCGGUUACAAUUUGACUUUAUAUUUCAACGGAUUCGAUUUUAGGGGGUCUUAGUUUUCGUAAUCUCGAAAACUAAGACGGGUCUUAGGUCUUAGGUCUUAGUUUUCGAGGGUCUUAGUUUUCGUAACACCCUCUUCAAACGGUCGUAAUUCGACUUUGUAGAAACUUUAGAGAUUGUUUUGGUGGGGGUCUUAGUUUUCGUAAUUACGAAAACUAAGAGGGGUCUUAGUUUUCGAAAUUACGAAAACUAAGACCCCUAAAUUUACCGUUAAAUUUGACCUAAAACUCGGUGGAAAGGAUCGAACAUGAUAUAAUUUGACAGAUCAGACCUAUUUCGGUUACAAUUUGACUUUAUAUUUCGACGGAUUCGAUUUUAGGGGGUCUUAGUUUUCGUAAUCUCGAAAACUAAGACGGGUCUUAGGUCUUAGGUCUUAGUUUUCGAGGGUCUUAGUUUUCGUAACACCCCUUGACACAGGUGAUCAGCUUGAAGGUGAUAGGCAAUAAAAGGGAGCUUAAGCCACAACAACGGUGACGGCAACAAGAACGGCAAAAAAGCAAUAGGUUUAGAAUGGCAAAACAACAACUUUGCAUGUGCAUCACGCUUUUUUGUACAUUUCUUUGCCAUGGCUGCAUGAUUACAACGUGAGAGUGCCUAAUUUCACGUUUUGUCGAGGACGUGAAUGAGGACAACGACUUUAUUUUUCUCUCCCUGAACUUUGAAACAGUCUUUUAGAAUUCAACUCCAGAAAAAUUCACCAUCAUUUGACGAAUUGAACAAAAUGGAAUAAGCGCGAUGAAGUUUGAAGUAGCGCGAAUUCACUUUCAAGUGUUCAAGUGACGUUUUCGUGGACGUUACUGUCGUUGUUGGUUAAACUUCCUAAAACCAGGUCACAGGAACCACAGAUUUUAAAAAACAUUGAGGCCAAAAGAAAAAAACAGCGAAGAAGCAGGUCUUGGAGUCCAGCUGGUUGAGAGACCCUACCCUGGAAACAAUCAAUCACUAGUGAACGUUAAACUACUACAUUGACCUGAUAUUGAAUAUCUUUUGUCAUGUUUAUAUCUGCAGUUUAUUAGUGCAGGCAUACAUGGAGUGGUCAGUUGGGCAUUUUGUGAUUUUGGACCGAAUUUUGAAGUCCUUGACUCCACUGGGGAGGAACCAAAGGAAUUCUUUGUUUGGAAAAUUACUAAGGUACGUAAGCAACAUAAUUUUGAUGACAAGAAUAAAGCUAACUUUAUUGUCAUUUUAUAUAAAAGUAAUAAUUUUAUGUUGAGCGGUAAAAUGUGUUUCGACAGGCAAAUCCUGGUGUGGUGACAACAUUAGAAAAUCGGAUGCAUGGCUUACAGACUGGUGAUAAGGUCACAUUCAAAGAAAUUGUUGGAAUGACUGCUCUCAAUGGAUCAGAACAGACCGUCAAAGGUUAGGAAGUCUAAUACAGAUCAACCCUAUACAUGUACAAUCUGCAGUGUAUGUUUUGUUGCCUUGGUCUUGGUCAAUAGACUGCAUGUAUACCCAAAAGUGUAUUUCAUGUAAGCAUGUGGAGCCUUUGCUAAACUUUUUUCAUGGCCUUUAUUUACUCAACGUGGAAAAAUCCCAUUUUUACCAUAACGGAGCGAUUUUUCGUGUGCUGAUUGGUCGAGAGCUAUGUUCGAUAAGACGGUACAGACCAUGAAAAUGAUGUGAUGGUGGCACAAUUUGUUUUUUUCUUUCUCUUGCGUGCGAUUUUCCGAGAAAAUUCAGCGGAAAUGGACGUCAAAACUGUGAAUGUUAUGGUAAAAAAAAAACAAGCAAAACAAAUGUAGAAAUGGUGAAAUGUUGCUCUCGUCUCAACUUUUUGGACGAACUUGCACACGCUACCCCUCCUCUCCCCACAAGAGAGCUUGCUUGCAGCCCUGGUAGGGUGGAAGAAUCCCUGCUGUUUCUCCUGACCUGACUGUUGACUGCCCUUGGGUCUCCAGGGUGGGGGGUUAUAUGUGAUGUAUAUAUUUUUACAUAUUUAUGUCAUCUUGAUGGAUGUUUCUACAGUGCUAUCUCCCUAUGCAUUUAGUAUCUGUGAUACUAGUGGACCUGAGUACAAAGAUUAUGAAUAUGGUGGAAUAGGAAGACAAAUCAAGACUACUUCUUCUUUGUUGAAUUUCGUAAGUUAAUAGAACUCUUAUAAGGUUUUUAUUUAUUGUGGGGUGUUAUUUAGAAAUAUUAGUUUUACUCUGUGAUUAUAGAAGUUAUAGAAAGGUAAUGAUCUGCCAAUUUUCUACGACAAGUAAUUGCUGGCCAGCCUUGAGGGAGCCAACACUCUAUUCUCAACAAUAGCGGGAAAAAACCAAAAAUUGUCGGAUGUAAGAUCAGAAGCAUGCGCAAUCAAUUGGUUUUUCGUUUUAUCCGGGGAAUUCACUUCUGUGGGAUGACAUCACGUAAAACGUGCGUAGACUUCGAGUAAAUUUCCAGGGUGGGCAAGGUGUUUUGGAUAGCUGGUCGCUUACGAGAGGUGGUCGCACAUGGAGGUUCGACUGUAUUACUCAAUCUCUUGCUCCGACUCACCUUUCAAUUACUUAUUGGACUUACGAUUUGCACACAAAUACGUCCACUAAUUUGGCUACUUUUAAUUUGGUUUUGCAGGAAUCUCUAGAAACACAGCUUAGUAAACCAGAUAUUCUUACUGCAGAUCUCAGUAAAAUAGAGGUAGGAUUAUUAAAACAAAAAGAAAAUAAUUAUGUUAUUUAAUUCAAGACAUUGUGAUUGUGUUCAUUCAUUUCCUUUAUACUUUUGGUCUUUGAGAUCCCCUCCUUCUCGAAGACAUAUGUUUCUGGGAAACUGCCCACCUACCCCUCCCCUAAGCCAACAUUUUGUCCCAAGUGAGAAGUAAGUGUUGGUUUAGGGGAGGGGUAGGUGGGCACUUUCCCAGAAACGUAUUAUGACCCUUGUUUUUAGUACAUUUUUAAAAUCACCACCAGGUUCCCCUGCAGCUACAUUUUGGAAUACAUGCAUUACACUUAUUUCAAGAGAAGAAUGGAAGAAUGCCUAAAAUCAGGUAUAAAGCUAUUACUUAUUUUUAUCUUAAGCCAUUCGCUCGCUCGCCAUUCGAUUUUGUUGAAAAACGCGUUUGAAGCUAUUCAAGCCGUUUUCGGGUCAUUGUCUUGCUAUAAAGAACCAAAACGGCUCAAAACGUCGUAGAACGUCGAGAACUAUGCGGCAUUCUGUUCCAGAUGCUAAAUAUCAGCAUUCAAUGUUUGGGCGUACGCAGAAAGCAAAAUUGGGUUUAUGAGUGACACAGCAGUCUCGACUUUUUCCUGUCGCUUUCUCCCCUUCCCUGUUCUCUCUCUUUUCUUGCCCUUUUUUGUUUCUUUUUCCGGGUAUUGACUAGGUUUCAUUUUAGUGCGAAAAGUGGAAAAUCUGUUAGGAUCAGAUGGAAGGAAGUACAGGCGGGUAAUGGAACAAGAUUUUCAUUGGAAUUUUCGGGUCAACUCUAAAUGGUUUUUUGCGUUUUUCUCCGGCGUCCUUGACUGGAUCGUGUUCAUUGUGGUAUUGUUUGAAAGAUCUCCCCCUCCCCCCCCGCCUCCCCUGCACAAGUUAGAUGACAUAGCACUAGAGAGUUUAAGCUUCACGUAUGCGGCAAACGGCAAACGGACGUCAGAUUCAAGUUGAGAGUUUCUCAAAAUAGAAAAUUAGCAGAUAAAAACAGCUCAAAACAAUUCUUAUCGAUAAAAAUUGCGUCAAACUACUAAUUUAUAAGUAGAAAUAAUGAACUGUAAACGACAAGUAAUGGGGAAACUUGGUCACGUGGUACAAAUUCGAGUUUGCCGUUUGACGUAAACGUGACGCUUAACCUCUCUACGAUCAUACACUCAUGAUUUACACUCACAGUUUUCUAGAUUAUGGCCAUUACUUCAGUUAUUUUCUUCUGUUUGCUGCGGACUCGGCUAAUUUCUGUGUUUCGCUGAUUUUUUUAAAAUUUCUAAUGACGAUAUUUUACACUGAGAUAGGACGGUGGACACCGAAUGAACGAUUAUCUUCGUCCUUCUUAUUUCAGAAACAAAGAGGAUGCGAUGGAGUUAUGUAAGAUUGCAAAUUCUUUAAAUGAGGCAGCCAUUACAAAGGUGAGUAGCAAGACCCCAAGCUGCCACUUUCUUCUCUUCAAUGGACAUUUCUUUAAUUUCCCAACAGUUCAUAAUAUGUGUCUCUCGCCUAUCACUGUUAUAAUCUAGGUGCAGGAUAGGAAAAUCAGUGAGACGUAAAAAUUGCCAAAAACCUCUGUCAUACAGUUUCGUGGUGGCAUGAGGAGAGGAACUAAUGCGGGCAAGAUGUUUACACGAUAUCUGCCUGGAACAUUGAUUUUAUUGUAUCGAUAGUCCACAUUUCAAGAAGAAAACUGUGCCAUAGAACCAAACCUAAUGUUUUAUCCGAUCUUGAUUAUCCAAAGUAGCGCACACAGGGAUCCCCUGUUGUCAAGGACAAACUCACAAAUUAACAGAGAUGUAUUCUCCAGAAUGCAUCACUACUGAUUUCCAUGAAAUUAAAGGCAGUCUGAUGAAAUCAUCCUCUCCCCAUCUUGCCCAAAGAAAACCUUAAAAGAUGUUUAUCGUUAACCUGGCCUGUAAAUGUUACUUUUUCAAACACGCUUUGUAAAACAGUGAGUGGUCCAAAAAGCGAAACACUUAAAUUCGGUAUACUCUUCAUGACUUUCUGAGUUCAAGUUCGUUGCUUAUUGUCAGCAUCCUUCCCCUUUCCCACCCCCUCCUCCCCCUCCUGUGGAACCAGCCGUUUUGAUCACUCAUCAGUAGCGAUUGUAGGCGUGCGUCUACAAACUGUAGCUGUAAAGUUGCCCAUUUGUCCAAACAGCUUGAUCCAAUAAAAGAUGUGAUCCAAUAAAGAUAUGUAUCAGAGUAAAACAUGAAGCUAUGCUUAUUUUUUCCCUAUUUUUUUUUGCAAUGUAGGCCGACCAUCUUGACGAAGAUUUGUUGUGUCAAUUGUCCUUUACAUCACAAGGCUGUUUUUCUCCUCUGGCAGCUGCUCUUGGUGGAGUUGUAGGCCAAGAAGUGUUAAAAGCUUUGACGGGAAAGUACAGUCCUCUAAAGCAGUGGGUACGUACAGAGCGCAUCAGGGUCGUCACUAUUUUGUAAAGUAGACGGGUGCCCAAGGUUAAUAGACCUUUUUACCGAUACGGCGGCCAUAUUGAAUUACUUAGAUUUAAGGAGUAUUAUGGGAUGCCCGGGGGGGUGGGGGUGGGGGUAUGAGCACGAUCCGAUAUACUCGCUCAGUAUUUACACGCGCUUUUCGGCCCAAUUUUUCGUUAAGUUUUCCUAGAAAAAGAUUGUAAUGGGAAAAAAAUAUCGUUGUGCCGUGUUUGGAUGUAAUAAUGAUCGCCUUUUUCCCGAGAAAUAUACAGUGAAGAUCUCUUUUUGCCCAAAAAGCGCGCGUAAAUACUGAGCGAGUGCCCCCUGGGCAUCCCAUAAUACUCCUUAAAUCUAAUAAAUUCAAUAUGGCUGCCGUAUCGGUAAAAAGGUCUAUUGGCGGGAAGAGCUGUAAAGUUGGUUUGAAGGUCGGAGGUUGUUUAUCCCAGUGGGAAUGUUCCGAACGGAAAUUCGUGUUCCAUUUCUGAUUUGUGCAAAUGUUUAACACGAUUCCGGGACGAAAUUUUCCAGUCCUGAAUUUGCUUACCAGAUUUGCCCAAAUCGUGAACCGACUGGUUUGCCCAUGUAAAUGGUAAAGAACAGGGGGUAAGGAGAGGUAGCGAGCAACUACAGGGUCAGGUGUCUGUUUUACCGAGGUGUUCCUCUCACAGACUGUACGGACUUUAAAAUUCAACGACGCGACGGCAACGAGAACGUCAAAAAACCAAUAGGUUUACCGUAUUUAUUCGAAUAAGCGCCCAACCUCGAAUUAGCGCCCACCUCGAAUAAGCGCCCAUCCUAAAGGCAGAAAAAGUUAAUAAGCGCCCAGCCUCGAAUAAGCGCCCACCCCCUCCUCCUCCCAAUCAAACUCAAAUAAGCGCUCACCCCCACCCCACCCACUUGAGUGAAUAAAUUUUAAUGAGAGACUUCCCCGAGGACGGAGUUUUCUUCAGAGUAUUUUACAGAAGCCUUGCUUUGUUACUUCUUCGCCUUUUGUUAUUAGCAUUUAUUGUUUUGUUGCAAAAUAAACAUACUUCACUUGCUGAAAAUGGUGAAAAUUUAAUAAGCGCCCAGCCUCGAAUAAGCGCCCACCUCGAAUAAGCGCCCACUCUCAAGGUCCAAAAAUUUAAUAAGCGCCCAGGGCGGUUAAUCGAAUAAAUACGGUAAUUAACCAAAACAACUACUUUACGUGCAGCACACUUUUUUGUACAUUUCCUUGCCGUUUUCGCACGACUACGGCGUGAAAAUGCCCAAUUUUGCGUUUUAUGGAGGACUUAAAUAAGAAACGACGAAAUCUUAUUUCUCUUUCUGAACCUAGAUAUGGUCCCUGGGAACUUAACUCCAGUUGGGUUCGCCUACAUUUGACAAAGUAAGUGGGUAGGACUAAUCACGAUUAAGACUAAAAGAGCGCAAAUUGACUUUUUAAGUGACGUUCUUGUUGCCUUCGCGUCGUUGGAUCUUAAAGUCCCCUGUAUUAUUGGCUGUGAAAACUAGAACGUGUGCCAGGAACAUUAUCAGUAUGUUUGCCCUCGAGACGAAUCACAUAAAAUAUCUUGUGUAAGUCAUUCCCCCUUAAAUAUGUGUCUCAACAGCUCUACAUUGAUGCCACUGAAGUUCUAAAGGGACAGGAAAAAUUGGACACUAAAUCGUUUUUACCCAGGUUAGUUGUGGUAUUUUUAUUUCACUUUUUGUGCGAGAAUUCUGGUACUUUUUAUUGUAGAAAUAAUAUAUUGUUUAUGGUCUUCCUUUAUUCUGUGUAAAGUACAUCAUUUCUUGUUAGUGCAGUAUUUUAUCAUAAUUAGCAUCAUCUUUCCUUUUUAUUCAUUGUAAGUUAUUUUUUAAUUGGAUGGAUUAGCUUAGACCAUAAGCAGUCCGUCUUUUUUCUUGGACCGUCAAGCAAAACGCGCGUGACACGCAAAUGACCACGCGCUUGACUUCUCGAUGCUCGCGCGCGUGCACUCCCCUCAAGAAAUCUCAAGAAAAAGAAAGACUGCUCGCAUUCUAGGAUCAGCUCUCAUGGUUCUUCUGUUACCCACCAGUCCUUCCCCGCUGCUCUCUUCGUGUCUGAUUAUAAUCGGACUUGUAGGCCGUUAAAGUGGAUUAAAACAAAAUGAAAACUAAUAGUGACGGUAGUCAUAAACAUAAACGUUGAAAGAAGCGUUUGUGUAUGAAGUGAAAUGAUACAAAGUACGAAAGACACCGUUAAGUGAAAUUUAAACAAAUUCAACUGAGCUAAUAUUUGACGUCAAGGUUGAACAAGGAGUGAGGAACAAUUUUGCGUAGUAUACAGCUAUUUCAAGAAAAGUCAUUGUCGGAAAAAGUGCACGCGACAAUCCCGAAAGGUAUUGUGGAUGGUUUUUAGUUCACUGUUUUUCAAAGAAAUUUUAGAGAAUGGCAAGAGAGGCCAUGGACGUAUGUUUGCGAAUGCUAAAGGAAAGCAACAAACGUAGGUUCGACAGCUGCAGUGUCAGGAACUGUGUAUUGACAAAUAAAUACAAAUAUUGCUUACUGCAGCAGUUUAAGUGGAUCACAAUCAAAAUACGAUUGCCGCGAUUAAUCCGCAUCAACGCGCCUUACGGAUCAAUUUUUGCGACCAUUCCCGACUUGUUCAUCAGUCACUGAAAAACUGGCUGUUGAUGAGAGGUUAUUUUGCCAGUUGAGGACACGCUUUAAUGGCCGUUGCCGUAUGUAGAGAGGUUUAAACAAGAGUUAAUGUAUUGACUGUCCGCUGGGACAAAAAAAAAGUGGCCGUUGUAGAGAGGUGACCGUUAGUGGAGGUUCGACUGUAUUCAGAAAUUGACAGGAGACAUUAGGUAGAGAGAAGCGCCUACUCAUUGUUAUGUGAGGUCGUUCUUUGUUUAAGCAACUUUACUGGGGUAACAAUAAUACCGGUUUCUAGAAUAUGUACUUUAUUUCCGUGUGUCCUAGGCAUGACCGAUAUGACUCUUUACGCAUGUGUAUUGGAGAAGAGCUCCAUAGUAAACUUGCAAAUCUGAGGUUAUUCAUGGUAAGCAACUUGUUUUGUUUUGUUUUUUUUUUCAUAAGCUUAUUGUCUUAGCAGGGGCACCCAACGGGAAUAUAGUUCAAAACCACUUAAAAAUAGCAUUGUUAAACGUAUUUUAGUAUUUAAACGGUAGAUAUAGGCAUAUUUUUAUCCCCUAAAAAUUUUUCAUCUGUUCGGAUUUCCUAGCCGAAAGUCUAGUGAUCCGAAAAUUAUAAACUUACCUUUUCGAAAAUUUCAGCCAGAAAAAAGGCUCCCGAAAAUUCUAGGUGAUCUUUUUAGGGUAAAAAUCCGUUAGAAAUGGACAAUAAUACCAUUUUUUGGAUGUUCGAAAAUCCUAGGAGAGGCAGGCAAGCAAGAAAUUUUACAACAAAUGUUUCGAAAAUUCUAGAUCUCCAAUCGUCUUCCGAACAGAUAUUUUUCCGAAAAUUGUCGUUGGGUGCCCGUGUCUUAGGCGCAAGGAAAUGUUGUUUUCUCUUCACACAAGCCAGAAAAAAGUACCGAGUUUUAUUAAAGUCUUAGUAAGAAGGAAUUGAAAUCGGAUGGUCAGUUUCUUGUUAAAUUAUUUAACAACAACAACAACAACGUAAAUUAAAGUAACGUUAUUCGACGUUUCGAUGUAUCCAACUUCAAAGUUGUUAAAAGAGUUGAGAUUUGAAUUCUUUUGAUGGCAUCUGGAUAAUGUUAUUGGAUACAUCGAAACGUCGAAGAGCGUUUACCAGCUUCUAAGUUUUCUCGUUAAGAAAGAAAUGAAGCUGCAUUAAAUACUCCUUCCAAACGAACAACAAGACGACAACAACAACAACAACAAAAUACCCGCUCCUCGUGACAAGUUAAUACAAAGGGUGGAUUGUAAUUUUUUUUUUGUUCAUACAGGGAGUGGGAUAUUUUGCAGAAAUAUCAAGAAAUUUAACCGACUCCCCCCCACCACCUCUCACUUGCCUUGUUAUAAUAGAUAAAAGCCCUCUCUCCUCAGUUCAUUUAUAUUGUUGUUGAUUGUUUGUUUUUUCAGGUUGGAUGUGGUGCUAUAGGGUGUGAGCUUUUAAAGAACUUUGCUCUUUUAGGAAUUGCUGGAAGCGCGAAUGGCAUGGUAGUUUUCAUUUUUAUUUUUUUUCAGUGGCAUGUUUCGCCAUUUUGACUUUUGAACAAUUUUUGUUUGUAGAUUUUAAUUGAAGCAUGUUAUUAUUUUACUUGCAGAUGACGAUCACGGACAAUGACCUCAUAGAAAAAUCGAAUUUAAAUCGCCAGUUCUUAUUUCGGCCUCAUCAUAUUCAGGUAAUAAAAGCAUUCCAUAGUUAACCGUCUCUUAACGGACAUCUUAAUUUAGGGUCUGUUUACAUGGAGGUGUGGGACCCCAGGUAGGUGGGGUAACCCGCCUGUCCAUAUAAUCUCUCAUUUUAAUUUGUUCACAUUUACAUGAUAGGUGGAGUGACCGGCCGCGGUUUACCUCACCUUCCAGGGGUCCCCCACCUCCAUGUAAACAGGCCCGUAGGGUUGGUCCUUGCCUUUUUUCAGUCAAUUUCCUUGACUGUCGAAAACGGAAACUAACAGAGUUGGUCCCUUUCUUUCUUUACUUGUUUUAGUUUACUCUCUAUAAGAUAGACACCUAGAGUUGAGCGUAUUUCGGCGUUGUAAUAUUCAGUUGACAGAGAGCUUUCAGAAGUCAACCUUUCCUAACCGACAUCUCAAUGAAAAAACGGCAACUAGAUUUGCUCCUUUUCGUUUCCCAGUCAUGAUUUUCUUUGACUCUCUAUAAGGUGGUCGCCGUUCUCCACACUUCCUUUCAGUCAUGACCUGUCCGUCUUCAUUAUUUGGUUGAUUUAGCAAUAGGGACCUUAAGAUCCGACGACGGCGACGGCGACGGCAACGGGAACGCCACAAAAGCAAUAGGUUUAAUUAGCAAAACAACAUUUUUGCACGUGCAUCACGCUUUUUUGUACAUUUCUUUGCCGUCACUGCACGACUACGACGUGAAAAUGCCUAAUUUCACGAUGUACCGAGGAAGUACACAAGGGACGACGAAAUUUCCCCUCUCUUUCUGAACUAGGAAUUCAACUUUAGGAGGGUUCGCCUACAUUGACAAAGUUAGUGACUUGGAGUAAUCGUGAUGAAGAUUGAAAGAACGCGAAUUCACUUUUUCAGCGGCGUUUUCUCUGCCGUCGCCGUCCUCGGAUCUUAAGGUCCCUAAUGUCAACGUCACGGCAGUGACGUUGGCGCGCAGAAAUCUUCAAACCGGCUUGACCAAUGGUUGUGAAGCAAAUUGAGCAUCAGAAGUAGCGCUGAGUCUUUUUCGCGCGCUUUUGCGUUCUUAUUUGAUGUUGCGUUGCGUUUGCUUAAUCUGCCUUAUCAUUCCUCCCUAGGAGUCUCCUCCGGCUACAAUGUUGCUCCAUACGCUAAUAUCCAUCAUACACACUUGCCCCUCUGCGGCGGAGGCAAGACGCGUGCGCGUGUCCCCUUUUGAGGGAAUCCACAUACAUCAAUAGAGACAUAAGAGAGGUUAAGCAUCACGUUUACGUCAAACGGCAAACACGAAUUUGCACCACGUGACCAAGUUUCCCCAUUACUUGUCGUUUACUGUUCAUUAUUUCUACGCGUAAAUUAGUAGUUUCACGCAAUUUUCAUCCAUAAGAAUUGCUUUGCGCUGUUUUUAUCCGCUUAUUUUCUAUUUUGAGAAAUUCUCAACUUGAAUCUUACGUUUGCCGUUUGCCGUAUACGUGAAGCUUAAACUCUCUAUUAAGCACUACAUUUACGGCAAAGAGCAAUGGACAGAGAUGGCCAUGUGAUACUUUUUCCCGCCAAAUUGAAGGCGUUGGUUUUUAUGUUUAUGAAAAACACUUUCGUAUCCAUUAAGGAUCAUACCCUUCAAUAUCAUGCUGUUUCAUUUCGCGUUGUACAUGAAAGAAUUGAUAACAUUACAGACGGCGGACUGUCUCUGAACACUGUAAAGAUGAAUGUUCAGCUCUAUCGGAUGGCAUGGAGCUCUGAGUUUCCAGUCCAGUUUGGUUACUCGCGUGCCGUUGCCAUUUGCCUGUGAACUUGAUGCGUAACCUCUCUAAUAUCUCUCCCCCUCACGAUACCUGGCUGUGUUUGGGCACUCACUAGAUCGUUUUAAAGAGAGUUGGAGUCGACUGCAUUACAACUUUUGUUUUCAAACACUGAAGCCAGUAUAGAUUUGCUGACGAACACUGUUUCAAACAGUCUAAAGCUUCAUCUUUGUAAUAUUACGAGACCUUAGAGACCCAAAGGUUAAGAAUUAGCAUUCAUAGGACUGGUUUUUUUAAUUAACGAAAAAUUUUUCCUCAUUUCAGCAACCCAAAUCAAGUACUGCAGCUUCGUCAGUUGCGCUUAUAAACCCAGGUAUGUCAAGACCAGAAGUAAUUACUUUUACUAUAGUUUUGGGUGCUAGUCUGCGUUCCUGGCGGUAUUAUUAUAAUGCUCGGGAUACUUUCUCGACUUCGGAACCGCUACGCGAAGUGAGGGGCGAGACCGCGGGGGAGAACACCUUGGGAUUUCAGUUUGACUUGUUCCCUUCUUUGUCCGAGGAAAAAGCUCUCGGUUUUUCGAUUAAACUGUUCCCGAUCUUCUUCGAGGGAAAAUCCAUUAAUAUUUCAGUUUGACUUGUUCUUAUCUUCUAGCGGCUCCAUCGCCAAAAAAAUACAGUUUUUGUUUGAUACUUUGCAGUGCUCGCUCGCUAAUCCCGACAGCUGUGCAGGCUAAUUGAGUGCUUGACAAACAGAAAGCGAAAGAGGCUUUUUUCUCGCUGAAAAUUAGACAAGCAAACCUUGUUAAAUCAGUCUUUCUCUAUACCUUUCAGAUGUUCAUGUGGAUCCACAUCAACACAAAGGUAAUUUUUUAGAAAGCUCUUUCUGCCUUCAGGAAGAAGAUUUUCAAUUGGCUGUAUUUCUUCUAGCUUAAAGUUGAGAAGCUAAACAACAUUGAUAUUAUCUUGUACCAUAAGAAGGCUAUACCACUUGACAUGCGCCCUGUGUACCGCUAUGUCAAAACUGUCCAGUGUAGUUAAAAAUAUAGCAAGGUGGUAAAUGUUAAGCUCAGUGAAAAAAAGAAAGAAAGAAACAAAACAAAGAAAACAACAACAACAACAACAACAAAAUGGAUGGGUUGACGAACGUUCAUGUACAAAGGGCCGCGACUGUGAAUCAGAAUUGUAAUUUGAAAAAAAACCCUUUCCUUUCGUCCCUGUACGUUUUUGUCACUUCUGUUUUUUCUUUGUCUUGACAGUGUGCCCAGAAACAGAAGAAACUUUAUACACAGAUCAGUUCUUUGAGUCUCAGGACAUUGUAGUAAAUGCUUUGGACAAUGUAGAGGCUCGACGCUACAUGGAUAGGUCAGAAUCACUUAAUCGUCUUUCUUUAUGACAGUCAAUUCCAGAAACGAUCACCUCCCCCUCCUCUUCCCACAGAUCGACAAACUGCCGGAAACGUUUGAUUGAAUUCCCCCUGGGUAUGAACCAAUUUUGCAGGAGUGUAUAUAAUUUAAUGGGGUGUCGAGGCAUCAGACAUCCCUCUAAGCUAAACACCGUUCAAAGAGUAGCUGGCCAGUUUCGCCCCUGUUUUACUUAUGUAUCUGUGGCUUCUCUUUCUAUAAGGCCGGGAACCUUCCUAAAAGUCUUUUAGAUACAUAAUCGCGUGUAGGAAUUCGUUCGGAUUUUCAUUCACCAAAGUUGUAUAAAAGACACCAAAUUAAACUAUUGCUUAAACCUCACAUUACACAUUAAACCUCACACCUCAAAACUGCGUCGCUUUCCUUCUUUUUACCAACCCCUCCAAACGACGUCGACCUUGAUACCCCAUAACCUGCAUCGUUAUGAGUUGUCACGGAUGUCUGAUUUCAGUAAGGAAACUGCAGGGAACUGAGCCUUAUAGUGACUAUGCAGACAAAUGCCCAGCUAUAAGCUGUAACCUUACAUUAACACCCUCUUCUAGUCAAAUGCAUGGGGUUGUACCUGUGAUGGAUGAUAGUUUAAUUGAACCUCAGCACCCUGCUGCCACCAGAGUCUUUCUUUCACUUGCUCCAUUUUGGUGUACUCCAGAACGACUCUGCAUACGUCAACGAAGAUCUUUGUUGAGCAUGCGCUGCAUGUUGCUGGUAUACAGUUUUGAACCCAGGGCUAAUAGCCCUGCACUUGGUACAGCGCAUUUUUUAUUCAAUAAACGAAUGCUCGCACUCUGAAAACCAGUCGAGAGAGAGAAGAAGAUUGACUAGUUCAGAAGCCUUGACCCGAUUCAGGCGGAGCCUCGGCCUCGUUUUCUCCUACUCACUCAAGAAGACAAAAGGAGGCUCUACUCGCACGGUGACUCAUCCGUACAUGACUUGGACAUGGACUUGUACAUGGCAAUUUACUCUUACAAUUUUUUUUUUUUACACGCAGUCGGUGUGUGAGCACCCAGAGGGCCCUUUUGGAGUCAGGAACCAUGGGACCCAAGGGACAUGUUCAGGUAAGACGAUCUUUGGCCAAUGUACCCUUGUUGGAUUUUACAAUACUGUAUUUAUUAUAAUCAUUCAAAUAAAGCUUGUUGUUGUUGUGUACAAUUUCUGCUCUAAUUUAUUUUUUUGCCCGAAUCUUAUCAUUAUUUCUUCCUCACACUGAAGAAAUAAAAUAUGAUCUUUUCAGUUUGUGCGAGGUUAUUCGUCUACUAUGCUUAGUCCUGGUUCACCGAACGGUGACUUGACGUAUUGAAGGUUAAAUUGGAAUUUCUCCUUAUGGGUCGAAAUAGAAUUCGAUAAAGGAGCCUUAAGUUGUUUGGGUGUUUUAGCUUAUUGAAGUUCCCUUUUCUUGUUGUUUAACCUGAAGGUUUUGGAUGUGUAGCUAUGUGUAAAGGUGCGCUUCAGAGUAUAUUUAGGUUCUUUUGUUUUGGUGUUAAAAAAUCAAAGCUCUUCCAACCUGGCCUAUCGUAAUAGUUUAUAAAUGUUUUGCAAUAGGUGAUUGUUCCUCAUCUCACGGAAUCGUAUGCUAGUCAGGUAAGAUAUCAUUAGAUUAUUGGUUGUAUCAUUUCACUAUGGCAAAUCAAGAAAGCUGUUCUGAAUCGGUUUGAAAAAGGUUGACACGCGCUUCCAUUUUUCUUCUGUUGUAGUCGUUAGGUAUAACCAUUCUUGUCCAUCAAAAGUUGUACUUAAUAGGGCAUUUCGUGUCUACAGCCUGCGAUCGUUGAGUUGAAAGUAAUGAAAAUGCUUUGUUUGUAGUGGAAGCUCCUUCCGCUAUAUUCAAGCCAUAGUUGGCAAGCACUCCACUCAUAUAGUCGAAGAAAUAACCUAAAAUAACGUAAUUAAAUACACUAACCAGCUGGCUAUUUACGAGCUUGGUUGAGGACUAGAAUAUGGGACUACCAAGAAACAAACUCAUAUGUUAUUGAGAGAAGAACUCGAGACUGGACCUUCGGAAUGUAAGUACGAGGCGCUCAUCAGUCGUCCAUAUCACUUCCCACCCAACACGACAGAGCGUUAUUUGAUUUUUUGUUCUGAUUAUUUGGAAUCAUUUUGUAUGUGUCUCUUUUCAAGCGAGACCCGCCAGAGGAAGACGUACCCCAUUGUACACUCAAAUCAUUUCCAGCUGUUAUAGAGCACACAAUACAGUGGGCCAGGGAUAAGGUAAAGCUAUUAGAGAGGUUAAGCGUCACGUUAACGUCAAACGGCAAACGCGAAUUUGUACCACGUGACUAAGUUUCCUCUUUACUUGUCGUGAACUGUUCAUUAUUUCUACACAUAAAUUAGUAGUCUCGCGCAGGUAGAAUAUUUUGAACGUUUUUACUAUUGGCUGAUAGAGUAAACAACGAAUACUUGUGGAAACCAUUUUUUAAAAUCAAAAGAAACACGCUCUAUUUUAGAUAUCUUCAAAUGAAACUCUUUUUCACAUGAAAGGUUUUGCACCUGGCUUCGUUACCCUCUGUUGCUACCACUCUGGCAAGCUACUGCACAAUAUUUUGGCCGUGUUUGUUUAUUAUAUGCUUUUAAGAAUCUGUUUUUUAAAUAUCUUUUAGUUUGAAAGUUCCUUUGCUCAGAAGCCCGGACUGUACAUGACAUUUUGGUCAACGAAUGGAUCGCCUGAACAACUUUUGGAAGUAAGUUGAACGUUAUUUGUUUACAAGAUAAAAGUGCCUGUGGCUAGUCUUUAGUAUCGACUGUGGUUGUUUUCCCGCAAAGCAUUCACCUUGCAUUUCAUUUUAACUUCUAAGAAUUUUUUAGCACAACUGAUAUUCUCGCCAUUAAUCUCAAAGACAAAAACAAAAACAAAACAAAACAACACAUCACCACAAAAGUAACCACAGUCUUAUCUGAUCAAGAGUCUGCACCUUGAUGGCAGUAAAUGCUGGCAGUAAGCAGUUGAAACGUCGUGAUCUUCUAGCCUGCAUUUCAGACAUCCCCUCGAGUCCGAUACUCCUCUCAGUAUGCGACUCGAAGGGAUGUCUGAAAUGCAGGUUGCGCGAUCUACAUCAAAAGUGACUACAAUCAUACUUUAUGUUUAUUAACAACAGACAACUCCUCUAAACGACGGCCCUAACUUAUUUCCUUAUUAAUCAGAGGGAGAUCAAAUUCAGCUUACUCUGAUAUAAAUGGAGGCUUGCACAACAAAAUUUUCAACGUAUAAUCAACUAAUUAAUUAACAUGUGACUAAAUAAAUGACUAAUUAAUUACAUGUAACCUGUGACUAAAUACUGAAAUGAAUAAACUAUAAAUGUCCUCACAGUUCAGUCAACUACUGCUGGACAUAUUCACAUCAACUGGCAACAGAAACUCAGACUUAGACCCUUCUUAAAUCUCAGAAUAGAUGUUUCUUUAUUAAGUGAUCUAAUUUUCACUAUCUUACUUUGUAGUCUGAGCAUAGUUGUUUAAGUGGAAUGGUUAUGAAACCCGUUAGACUCCUUUCUUACAUGUUUUUGUUUGCCUUCUUGGUCCUGACCGUGCACAACGUUCAAUAGCAUUCCUAUUAUUUUGAACUUACUGACCAGUAGAGACAUCGCAUUGAUUCAUUCAGUCACAAUCUGUGAACAAAAAACAAAGGUUUGUACAUGGUCAGGGAGCUUCCAACAUAAACUACGGCACCGUUGUUUUAAACUUUGAUGUUUGCCGGCUUUCAUAACCAGUCUUCUCUACUAACUAUGGUCUGAGAAAACAGCCGCCAUUUCACGAAACCACCAACGGUUUCCCCGCGAAAUGACGCCUGAAGGACGGGCGCAGAAAUUCUAUACUGAUGACGUGUCACUACCCAGAUCUUGGUAGUGCUUCUGAUUGAAUGAAGCAAAUUUUAAACCAAUCAGAAGCACUGCACAGAUCUGGGUAGUGAAACGUUGUCAGUAUGGAAUUUCUGAGCUCGUUUCUCAGACUUGGCACAGAUUUCGCGGGGAAAACUGUUAGUGGCGUCGCGAAAUGUCUGUUGUUUUCUCAGGCUUCUUUCACCUUUUACCUUUGACCUUUUCUUUCUUGUUUUCUUGUAGACACUUCAGUCUGGAAAUGAGCCUGAAGGCGUGUACCGAGUUUUAAAAGUGUUAAAGCGGCGCCCUGUGGACUGGGCAGGCUGCGUCGCACAAAGCAGAAUAGACUUUGAGAAGUAUUACAACCACAGGGUAACAACUAAGUGGGAAAGGCGGGAACACAAUACCAGAAGCCACUGUACAAAAUGGCGAGAAAUCAGUGUCGUUUCGUCAUUGGGGCCAGCCAUUUGACUUUUGAGGAGGGUAUUGGUAAUUUGGUUUGGGUUUUUUUCCCGGGGCCCGCCUUUAAUUAGAGUACAAUUACUCACUUUCACUCUUAGAGAUUUACAAUUGACAUUUACACUUCACUCAUCAAACUGUUCGAUUGAAAGCUAUCGAUUUUUACGAGAGUAGUCGGCAUUUAGCUGGCUUUCCGAAAGCUUAUUUAUUCAAUUAUUAUGCCGCGCAUUGAGAAACGGGGCACUGUAAGUACAUGUCGCAAAAGACAAUAGCAUUCUGGGCGAUGCAUACAAAGCCAUUGUCUGGCAGGUAUUUCCUUGCAAGGUUUUUUCUCCCCUCGAAAUUAGUCUGCAGGAUAUUCUUUUCUGAAAUCACCCAUACCCCCAUCAAAAGUCAAGUGGUUGACCCUUCAUAAUAGACCCUUUCGCUAUUUUGUCAACGUUGGUGACAUGGACCAGUCAGCUAAAAUCUAUCGAUACUGCUGGAAAGAAGACCUCAAAAUUAAAAAACGUGCCAAGUUUGAGAGUGAUACAGUGUGAGGAACAAGCCAAGAUACAGCUCCGCAAAUCUGCGAAAUUUUACAGCCGUUCUUUAUACCUUCUUCCCCCUAACAUACAAACGUCUGUAAAAUUUUGCGCCUUUCGUCGGAGCCAUAUCUCGACCCUGGCAAGUUUGCAGAAUUCAAGGCGCACUUUUCAGCGGGUUGAUAAAUUCUCGCUGACUAAAUCAUGUCCAAAGUUAAAAAGCAAAAGUGGGAGGGAGGGUCUAUUACCUUACUGUUUGGCGGGAAAAUAAGUUUUGGCUGGAGCAUUUUAACAUUUGAGCAAUUAAAUUAGUUAACCUCAGCAACGUCUUAUAAUAAUCCUUGCCCAUGUUUCUACUUCGUCACGACUGGAAUUCAUAAUUUGAAUGGCUAGCUAUAAAAUGACUGUGAAAAUUGGCGGGAAUGGAAAGGUGGUUCAGUAACCAGUUGUACAAAGUGGCAGGAAAAGAAACGGGUAUUUUCUUUCAGGCUGUCUAGUGAGAGAGGGGAGAGGUGUUAGGGCGAAGAGAAGGCGUUCACCUUAUCCCUUUUACUUUUCCAGGCCAAACAACUACUGCAUGCGUUUCCAUUGGACACUAGACUCAAGGACGGAUGUGAGUAUAUCAUCAUUCCCUAGAGGCAAAACAGCCAUGUUUUUAGCCUUUCCGACAGCCGUUUUUCCUCGCCAAGUAGGCAGAUUUCGCAAAGACAACCCGACAUCCAAUGAUGACGCGAAAGCGGCGAAAGGGACUGAACACGACUUCGGGUGGUCAAUUUGCCACCCUGUCAUUGGUUAAGCCGGUUUUUAGAUCUGCACGCGCCGUGGUCACUGUGUACCGCGUCGUCUUGCCUAAAUCUACCUGAUAGGGACCUUAAGCACCAAAAACGUAGAAUGUCGCGGACGUGAACCGGAAAUGACAGUAGCGCACACGCCAUUGGUUGCCAUGGUAUACUAUGGAGUUAUGCGAAAAGCCCUUCGUCGCCGACGCAGAUCGGGAUGAUUGUACGUUUUUAGAAAAGGUAAGAAAAAAAUAACUCGUAAAUCACCACAGAAAGUUCAGUUUCAAGGUAAGACAUGAAAAUCAUCUUGUUUUAUAAUCCGUUACUACAAUGUUGCAUAUUUUAUCGCGUGAAGUAAAAAACUGAAGUGUUUCAUAUCCAGUGUCUUGGUCUGCAAUACUUCGUGUAAAACUCCAAAUUCCUCUUCAGAAAUAAAAACGUGUAUAAAAGACAAAAGCAACAUCUCCUCAACCUGUUUGCGGCUAGCCAUCAUGAGAAAAAAAGUGAAAAAAGUAGUACGUACGAUGGACAAACCUUCCUUUGUUUACAUUUUGACUGGUCACGUCAUCCGAGCGAGCUCCGUAGUUCAGCUUAACGUCAAUAGUGGGACACGUAACUCACGUUUUCCCCAGGACUUCUCGUCUCACUAUCACGGCCGUCGGCGGCAUUCCACGUUUUUGGUGCUUAAGGUCCCUAAUAACUGCAGAAAUACGUCUGCCAUGCAUUCUCAUUCUCAAAAAUAUUUCUUCUUGUAGCACUUUUCUGGCAGAGCCCGAAGAGACCGCCCAUCCCACAGGAAUUUAGCAGUAAAAAUGAACUGUAAGUGUAUCUUAUUUCACACGCUGGUCUCCUUUGAUUUGCAGCAAAACACCUUAUGUUUAUCUCUGACAUUCAAACAAAACCAACCAAAAACACGGUAGCAGUUUCCACGUGGUGUAAGGGACGGACCAUUAGAAAAGGGGGGGGGGGGGGGGGAAUUUUCUAGCCGCAAAAAGUUUUUGUUCGUUAUCAAAUUCCUUGAAUGAACUCUUUUUACGCCAUAGCAUGAAUAUUUUUUAGGGUUAAUUAGCGUGCAUUAAUUUUCCCUUGCGCGAAUAUUUUUUUGUACUUCGCCCUCCCCCCCUCAUAGGUUUUCUAAUGGUCCGUCCCUAAAUAAUUGUAAAACUAUAGCCUGCGAAUACAGCUCAGUCUUCUCUCCUCGCUCCUCACCGCUAGGGACAUUCUCCUGCGCAAUGGGCCCUGGGAAGUGAGAUGAGACGGCUGUAUUUGCAGGCCAGUGAAGUGCCAAGUGAAGCCAUUGUUGUACGUAUUCUCUCUGUUACUGCCAAAAACGGCAAGCAACAAAAAAUAGAGGCAAGUUUUUACGACACAAGUUUAAAACACGAGGCGCAGCAACUGCGAGUUUAUUGAACAGCUUAAAAUUUUUUUCUUCUAGAUUCAUGCAUUUCUCUAAUACAUCUUAUUUAAUUUAUUUCUCCCGAGAAAAUCAGAAAUAGAAACUCCAUCGUGUUUUAUAAGAUUUAAACACACGAGUUGAAAUUCUAAUUCCCUCUGUAUUCUCUUCAUGAAGUAUAAAUGCUUUUUGUAAUUCCAUUUUAGGCAUAUGCUUUUCGUGAAAAGUAGCAGCAAACUGUUUGCCGAUAUCUAUGGAAUCAAAUACACAAAAGAGGUUAGUCAUACUAAAGCUUGGUUCCUACAUAAUCAUCUAAAUGACUCGAAUUCACCACUUUCGGAUUGUCCAUAAUAUAUGUUGUUUUCCCACCCCAAAUUUUGUAUUAAUCGAUUUCUCGUGGGACGACUAUAAUUUUGAAAAUAGGAAACAUGUAUGCAAAAUUUGGGGAGGGGGGAUAAACAAAGUGUAUUCAGUGGACAAUUCGAAAGUGCAUGUUAGGUCGUCUUAAAAUGUAUUCAGGCGUUAAAGACAAUCUUAUGGGAACAUCUCUAAUGCGAAACGGGACGAUCCGGACGAUUGCUGGGCGAUAGCAAUCACCUGGAUUGAACUAUUUACAGGCUGGUUUUCAUAUAAUCGUGCUGAUCUUACCUGUAUCGCUGCAAUCGUCCAAAAUCUGUUCAGUCAAUUAAGUCGAUUAUAUGGACUGAAACACCUCUGAUGUAAUGACGGAUGAACCUGACUAUUGGGGUGCUCGUUUAUGUCCUGGAUAGGCAGAAGUCUAUGUAAAAACUAGUUGGAUCAUUAUACGUGUCUAGGAAACUGCCCACCUACCCCUCCACUAAGCCAACCUUUUGCCCUAAUUAGUAAGUAAGUGUUAAUGUUCGUUUAGGGGAGGGGCAGGAAGGGGCAGGGAGGGGUAGGUGGGCAGUCUUCCAGAAACGUUUAAUGAUUCGAUUUAAUGGUGCGGUGGUCUCCAUUGCCCAAGUCGCCUCAACUCUCAAAAUGGGUUCAGAAAACAUGUGAUGCAAUGAGGCUUCCGGGGGCAAUCGCUUGGAAUGAUGGAAGUCUUGUUUCCAUUUAAUCGUUUGAAUGGUCUCGAUCGUCCCAAUUGGCCCGAAAAACUCCAGGCACUCGAGAUUACUCGGACGAUUCUGUGGAAACUGGACUUGAAUUCUCGUCUGAGUCUUUCAGUUAAAAAUAUAUCGUGUGUCAGUUGAAUUUCCCCUUUUCACCCUUGCGUUUUCUUGGAAUAUGUAAAUGUGCAUCGUACUCAUUUGUUUAGGUGUGGCAACUUCCUGUUUACCCUGCGAGCUUUGGCUACAUUUUCGCGGUGUGAAUUGGCGCGCUAAAAGUUAGCCUGCGCGGGGCCCGUUCUCUCUUGCGCCUAUUUUACGUUCAUGCAUCUGUUUCAAAGGCUAAAGUCUGGCUUGUGUUCAAAUCCAUCCACUGCAUGAAACCAAUUAAACUAUUAUCAGAAUAAAAACUCAUGCAGCUGAAAUUCUCUAGUUCUCGAAAUGCCAACGGGAUCAGUUACUCCUGCCUUUGGCCAAAAUAUCUAAAUGUAAAGGUAGUUUUAGAUAUCGUGGCGCAAAAAGACACUUGAAACACCUCUGGCGGUCCAUCCGAGAAUGCUCAUGUAGUUUUCCAUUUCUUCAAACAGGAUUUGACUGAUAAUAGCAUUGUUAAAACACUUGAGAGUAUACAAGUUCCAGUGUUCAAACCAAGCUCAAAGGUAGGUCAUCUUACUUCUGUACACUCGUAGAUUGUACCUAGAAAGACAGGGUAUUGGUUGUGUGAGGGUCAAUCAGUGGCAAAAGUAGUUGACAUUUUUGUCUAAAACGCGCGCUUUUAUCCGUGACAGUUUCAUUUAUGCCUCAUACAAGUCUGUUUAAACGCUGUAGUCACUCACUUCGGAAUCAAUAUCGUUUGAAGUUGAACAAAGACGUGAUGGUUUAAAAUGCAAGAUUGGUUUGGGGGGAGGGGUGGUGGUACACUGACACAGGUGAGAAUAGAUAUGUCUACUAUGCAAAAAGGGGUCAUUUUAUGGAAGUGUCUGAACACUUUUGUCCCUCAUUGUGGUUAAAAGGAAACGCUCUCUGGUUAGUAUUUAUCGGGUGCGAUCGUUUUCGAACCGCACCCUUUUUCAUUUGUCAAGUACUGUUUAAAAAGCGAGCAGGAGUGCAUUAUCAGGUUUAAAUACUCGAGGCGAACGGCUUCAAAAUCUCUGAUAUAGAUCAACUCAUUCUUGCACUAAUAUUUAUAUUCGGCGUUAAAUUGGACGUAAAGUUUAGCCGUGUCUCUAUCAGAUAUAAAGACACUCAGUAAACAGAUCAGAAUUUUUUUUGUGUGUUUUUUCGUUAUGAAUUAUUAAUGAACUUUUGAACUUCCUUAAAACGAUCGGGUAAAAACAAUAUUUCCACUUUUGAAGUUUUAGCGGCUCGUUUAUUUGACUUCAAAUACACACUACACUAAUCAACAUGUACUUGUCACAAUUUUGUGUCCUCCACGAUCUGUUCGAAAGCCAGCUGUCUAUAAAAUCCUUCGGUUCGCAAUGCUAGUGGUUGUGUCAUAACUACAUUUCUAUUAUGUCUUCCUUCGUUAAUCUCGGGUCUCACUGGCUGUCUUCUGAAACAACUCCAGCAGAGCGCUUGACGAAACUCAGGAAGUCGUAGCACGUACACCACUGGAUUGAUAAAAAAGUGAGAAGAGCUGAUGACUACAAAAAUGUAAUAUGUAUUGAGCGACAUGGAAAUCUCUUUAACAAAGUAUAAGUAGUUGACGAUGAUCAAAGGUAACCACGUGAUGAAAGGAAAAAUCGACACAAACAACAAGGUGUUUGUUAAGCGUUGGUUUUGAAUGGCUCUGUUUUGCAAAUGUGAAGCUGGAUUACUGCGCCCUUGAACCUUUCUCCAAAUGGCGAUGUUGCAGCCGGAAAGGAUAAACAAUAGCGUGAAGGUGUAUGAAAUCCAAAAAUAAAUGGCAAGUUUGUGAGAAGUCAUGUAAUAUGAAAGAUUUACAAGCACGGAAAUAAUGGCAGCCACUGUCCAAACUAUAAAAAUAGCGAUACGAUAAACUCGUAUGGACAAUGUGCGGUGUUUCAGUGGCCAAUAAACAGCGUACAGCCUCUCAAAUGAUAUCGAGGCUGCAGAUAUUAGCGAGGCCUGAGAGAAAAUGACGUCAACAGCAACGAAGAAUAUGUCCGAAGAUAGAUCUACGUUUGCUUCCCAUAACAUAAACUGAUUUCCCACGUAAAGGUAAAUGUAACCCGGUAGUGACAAAGUUCCUGUCAUCAAGUCAGCACACGCCAUACUGCAGACUAGAAACAAGCUCCUCUUACGAAGCUUCUUGGUCACCGCGAAUAGGAAAAGUGUGAGCAAGUUCGAUGCGACUAUUAAAGCAGCCUCAGUUGCCAACACGCUGCAAAAUGCCACUCCUUCGACCUUCGAAGGAAACAAUUCGUCUGAGGACGCCGAAGAUGAGUUGUUUGGGCGAAUGAUAGCUGAAGUGUUGUUCAUUUCUUGGUUUAACGUUAACACCCAUAAACUUUUUAUAAGGAGAACUGUGAAGAAUAAAUUACGUAUAAACCACAAGCGCUAGCUGACACCACACGCACAACUAAUAAAAAAAACUAUCUGCGUCUACUUUCAAUACGGUAUUUUCCUAAAAUGAUUAAUUUAGGUCGGCUUCUGUCGGGUCGGCGUCGCUAAUCAUCUCUCAGUGAUAAACUGGCUUUUUCAGCACUCUGCUGAACGUAACUCAGUCCACCUCCAGUAGACUACUAGGGUAAAAGAUAAGCCUCGUUUUUGGAUUCCCUUUGGAUUCCCUCGCAAAAAGUGGAUUCCCUUUAUUAAUAUGUAUAAGUGUCUUCCUGCAUACUAAUUUUUUGACUUCCUCCAUACUAAUUUUAAGUAGUCACUGCCUUCCUACAUACUAAUUCGGUAUAGGUUUACUAAUGAGCGUCUCUCUACUUCAAUAGAAACAAUAGACUUGCCUCGGCUUGCCCGUGAAGUAACUUGAGCCCGGUUUUCAGACCGUCCAUUAAAAGAAAAUGAGGAAAAGACCCAAGGGAGCACCUUGACGUAUUAGUAUACAAACAAUUUGAAAUAAUUUAACAAGGAUCAAUUAAAACACGCGACUAAUAAUUGCUAGCAACUAGUAAUAGUUGACACUACAGCUGCCCCCGCUUUGUAUAUUGUCGGUCAGUAGUAUUCUUGCUCUUUAAUUGUGUAGCUCUUUGAAAUAUACUGAUUCUUAAUGAAGAUUUUCACACACAUUCCAUACAAUAGGUGAGAUAAAUACAGGAAACCGGCAAGGUUCCAUGCACAGUUUCAGUUCGAUUUACACAACUUUGAUCAAAACAUUCUCAGUUUCGAGAAUAGUUUAUUCUGAACCAUAAGAAAAGAUUUAAUUAGAAGUUGAAUUUUUCGCUAUUUUACUUUCACUUUUUACAUUCAGUUCAUUUUCUUUGCCGGAAAGCAAGCCUUAGAAAUUAAAAGGACGUUUGAUCAAUUUACGCUCGCGCAUUCUAGUCUUAUUUUAAACUUUAUAGCGGAAGGACAUCUGUGAGCAGGGAAUAAGUCAGCACAGAAUUUGAUUGUCGGUGAAUUUCUGUAAUCGUCCAUCGUUCUUCUAGUGAUAAGCUAGCUGUUGCUCACUCGUCUUGCUUGUUUGGGGCUGAGUCUUAUUCCGGUCAAAGAGAGAGAAAGAGUGUCUGGCAAGGUUUCCAAUCAAAGAUUUGUGAACUCGUGUCUGGCAAACUCUCCAAGUGUUUAUAUAUACACAGUACGCACCUUAUAACUUCAUCUGCGCUUAACGAAUGUCUAUUGGUCCAUAACUUUCAAAACAACUGCUCCACAGAAUGUCACUGAUAACAUGUAACGAAGUAUGACUGCACAAUAAAUGUCACAAAAUCUACCUAAGCGGUCCCUUCGGGAUUUUCUGUCUUUACGUCACUCCUAACCAUUUCGUACUUGCGGGCGCAAACAAUAGAAACGUCAUCAUUACCUACCGAUUCCUCGCGGCCUCUGUUCAAGCAAAUCGAGAUUUUUUCUAUAUUGACUGUAUAUUUCAGCUGUAAGUACUUUCCUUAAUAUACGCGCGAGUUACUAGAGUGCCUCCUCGGGAUUUCGUCUUCUGGGCGAAAUUCCUGCGGGGGCAAUAAAACCACAAGAGAGAUACCGUUUUAAUAAAAGAGUCAAAUACACAGCGAUUUGUAAGGAAUGGAAGUUAAUUAAUCUUUGUUUUCUUCGCCCAUGAAGGACUUGUAAGGUUUGAAUUUCUUAUGCCGACGUUUCCUUAGCUGUUUGGCAUGAGCUUUAUGAUCAUCCAGAUAAUUUACAAAUUGAAUCCGACGCCUUUUGCGCUUCGUCCUUGUUGUGAUGGGGUUUCUACUGUGGGAGGAGGGGUCAGGAAAGCAGGAUUUAAGGGUGGUGGAGGGGUGAGGCUUUCUUUGUCAGGUUUUUGAGAGAUAGCCGCUUGUGUCUAUUUAGGUGUUACAUUAAAGGGGUUGAGGGGAGUGGAGAAUGCUGUCGUUGCCUUCGAAGAAUCCUGUGUCCUUGUUGUUAAGUCUGGACAGUGCUGAUUAUUUCUCCCGGUCGUGUUCUUGUAUUUAAUU